AUGGAUUGGCAAAGCUCAGAGCUCGGUCGCAACAUCAAUGUUAUCAAGGUGCGUCCGAUAUAUUACGACCCAAACGACGAAGGCCAACACAAAGCUAUAUUGGAAGACGAAUCCAACGGCAAGGAACCCGAAGAUGGGGAAGUUUCACGUAGUUCGGAAAAUGAGACAGUACGCGAAUGGCAAGAUAAAUACAAACCCAGCGAAUGGGGUUACUAUCUGAUGAUGCAUCCUACUGAUCUACAAGAAUACGGGCUUCCGGUCAAGCUUCCGGUCGCUCUGGAAUCUCAAAAACACGUGAGGCGCGCGAGCGAGGCUCUUAUCGUCCUACAGAUACAGCAGCCUCUGAUGGCCUUCCUCGUCAAGAUCUGCCUUGAGCUACUUCCCGACGUAGAAGGUGGUCUGGACGGGUUCAAGGCCUUCUUCCAAGCCCCCGAACAACCCGAGCCCCCCGAAAUAAGAACGACAAAAGAGGAUGGAUGGGACUCGGCUUUCGCACUAGCCCAAGACAUUCCAUAUACCGCCCCACAAUGGGAAGACUUUCUCAAAAUCAUGUCCUCUAUAGCGGCUAGAAUACACGAGUGGAAGGACCAUGCCUGGGCUAUGCGCGAUGAUCCAUCCUAUUUCACUAAUGCUGUUAGCGAGUUCUAUGAACACAGCCCUACACAUGUAUUGGACAGGAAGGGAAGGAAAAGCCCCCAUCUUACUGAUCCAGCCCUUCAAAAAGACUUUUGGCACAUUACGAUAUACUCGAUCAUCAUGGAUUAUUACGAGAAUCUUGUCAUGUGGCAUGCUGCACAAGCUGCUCUACACAAGGUUGCUCGGCUGCUGUUGACACGGUUGGAGAAACAAGAAGGGCAUGAUGCAUGGGACAAGGACCAGAAGUACAGAAUCACACCCUUGGUCGCACAGCUCGUGUCAGACCUAGCUAUUUGUUUUGAACUACGAGCUCGCCUGCGCCUGGUGUGCCCACAAGCUUUCAAACCUGAUGAGCAGUACUGUACCGUUGGAGCCGACCGCGACUAUCACGAGAUAGUCAUGGAGGUUUCUGUGAAAGAACUAAACGUGAUCUUAGACCCGGAAUGCGGUCCAGAAUACGAUGCCAAACGCCGAUAUGAUUUUCUCCUUCUUGGUGAGCUCGGGCAUCCAAAGACAAUGCCGUACCCUGUCGGCAAGCGAAGAACCAAAGAGAACGUAGAGAUUAUGCAGGCUACUGAACGACGGCUCGAUGAGCUUUGGAGCAAGUUCGAUGCUCACGUGCAGAAGUAUUUGAAGAAAAUACACCUCGAGGCUCUUGAAUCCCUAGCGCCGUCAAGAGGACAAAUACAACGGACGCCAGACUGGAUAGAACCGGCGAAACCUUCCAACAAAGCGAAGAAAGAUGCUGCCCUGCAGGAAUACAUCACGCCUCUCAUACCGGAGCAGCAGCCCGACCCUGUAGACCUUCCAAUUCGGAGUGAGAAGCGCAAGACCAGGGGGAUUGCGAAUGAUCCUUCCACUGAGCCUGUCGAAGUCGCAGCAGACUUGCAGCCAGUCGCUUCUGAGGAAACAAACACUCCGCCUACACCGCGCUUCACCGUUGGGAAAAAGACACAGCACACAUUCUCGACUAUAUUCUUCCAGCCGUCUGCAAGCUCGCAUCCCGGUGAAGUCCCAUGGACUGAAUUCCUCUCAGCUAUGAACACGAUUGGCUUCUCACCCGAGAAGGUGUAUGGCUCUGUAUGGCGCUUCACACCGAGAGAGGGGGGUGUUAUUACGGCAAGGCAGCCAAUCAAUUUCCACGAGCCGCAUCCUGAGGGAAAAUUGAGGUUUGAGGUAGCAAGGAAUUACGGGAGGAGAUUGACGAGGAACUAUGGUAUCGAUGGUAGCAGCUUCAUUGUCGCGUAA